GGCUCGCGCUAACUCCUGCGGGUGACUGCCACAUCCCGGGUGUGGGAAAAUGCGUUCUUUUGUUGUUGGCGGAGACGGGCCCCCUUCCGCAGCUUCCGGGCCAAGGCUAGCCAACGACCGGGAGAAAUAGAGUGGAAAAUGCAAAACAACGAAAUCAUUAAACCUGCCAAGUACUUCUCAGAGCUGGAGAAGAGCAUCUUGCUUGCCUUAGUAGAGAAGUACAAGUAUGUGCUGGAGUGCAAGAAAAGCGAUGCGCGGACUAUUGCUCUCAAGCAGCGGACCUGGCAGGCCUUGGCCCAUGAGUACAACUCGCAGCCCAGCGUGUCGCUGCGGGACUUCAAACAGCUGAAGAAGUGUUGGGAGAACAUCAAGGCUCGGACCAAAAAAAUUAUGGCCCACGAGAGGAGGGAGAAGGUGAAGCGCAGCGGGAGUCCGCUGCUGAGCACGCACGUCCUGGACAAGGAGAAGAUUGGCAGCAUGCUACCAGAGCAGCUCUACUUCCUUCAGAGCCCGCCCGAGGAGGAGCCCGAGUACCACCAGGACGCAGCCACCCAAGAGUCCUUUGCUGUUUCAAAUCGAGAACUGUGCGACGAUGAGAAAGAGUUCGUCCACUUUCCUGUAUGUGAGGGGACCUCACAACCCGAACCUUCGUGUUCAGCCGUCAGAAUAACAGCCAAUAAGAACUACAGGAGCAAAACCCCUCAGGAAGGUGCUUUAAAAAAGAUGCACGAGGAGGAGCACCAUCAGCAGAUGUCCAUCCUGCAACUGCAGCUGAUCCAGAUGAAUGAGGUGCACGUGGCCAAGAUCCAGCAGAUAGAACGGGAGUGCGAGAUGGCCGAGGAGGAGCACAGGAUCAAGAUGGAGGUCCUCAACAAGAAGAAGAUGUACUGGGAGAGAAAGCUACAGACUUUCACCAAGGAGUGGCCCGUCUCCUCAUUUAACCGGCCCUUUCCCAAUUCACCCUGAGACUGGGGGAUGGCUCCCUGUAGUUAAGCUGUGUUGGCAAGGCGAGUGUGGGAUGUGCCUGCGUGGUCAGUAGCCAUGACAGACCUACGGCUAGGUGAAUUAGAGUGGUACUAGUCACUUAUUAAGAACACAUUCAGGUAAACAGCUGCACCCCGUCUACCCCGAAAGUGGCCAAGAAGCUGUUACAGUCUUCUAGAAGUCACCACUACGCGUGCUAUAAUUCUGAAUGUAAUGUUCUUAAUUAGAAUUCAUAGACGAACCGUGUGCGAGUGUUGUAUUUUUUUUAGGACAUGCAAGUGUGAGUAAAGGAGUGAGGCUGGUGGUUCUGACCUCAUCUGUCAGUGGGGUUUUGUGUGUUUUCAGCUGACAGUGGCGCUUUUCCACGCAGGUGUGAAGCCCGCCCAUUGUGUGGCUGUACCUUGGCUGUUUCUCCACCUUUCAGUGUACUCUGAGUGUGGGCGUUUGAAGAGCCCAGCCUUUGGAAGGGUGUUUCCUAAUGUGGGUUACCAACUGCCUUUUUAGACUUUUCCCCACAGAGGCUUUCCAACCAGGGCUCCAGCCGUGGCGGUUAGUAGAAGUAGGGAUGUAACAACUGGAGGGCUUAAUGUUCAUUUAGGUUUCUACAUCCUGUUGGUUUUUUAUUAAAAAUGUCUUAAAAUUUUAUAGUUA